AGUACAGACACAAUUUUCCUGCUAAGAAAGUUUUUAUGUUCUCUAUGUCAUUAAAUUAUCAAACUUCUUUACACACCCUGUCUGUCUCUGUGACCUUGCAAUUUUUGCAGUAACAAAACCUUAACUCUUUAAAACCUUUAUGGCUGCUUCCUGGCCUAGGUGCUAGCCCAUUUAUGAAAAACCACACAAAUCUUUAGUUUGGUUGAUUCAGGAAAUGGGUUCUCAGAUAAGGCUUCUGGGUCUGUGUUUAUGGAUGUAUUUGGUAAGCUUCAGAUUCAUUGGAGUGAAUGCUCUGAAUGAAAGAGGAGUUGAAGCUGUUAAAGGGAUUGUUUUUAUUCAUGGGAAAUCUGCUAUUGGUAAGAUUGAUGAUGAUUUUAUCUGUGCAACUCUGGAUUGGUGGCCUCCUCAGAAAUGCGACUAUGGAAAAUGCAGUUGGGGUCAUGCUUCUCUGCUCAAUCUGGACCUCAACAACAAAAUUUUGUUGAAUGCAGUAAAAGCCUUUUCACCCUUGAAAAUUAGAUUGGGUGGCACGUUGCAAGAUAGGGUCACAUAUGGGACUGAAGAUAAUCGGAAACCCUGUAUUCCUUUUGUUUGGAACACUAAGGCAAUGUUUCGUUUCACUGAAGGGUGCUUACCGAUGCAUAGGUGGGAUGAGCUAAACAGCUUUUUCCAAAAAGCAGGGGCUAAGGUUAUCUUUGGAUUAAAUGCUCUUGCUGGAAAAUCUGGAACUGCUGGUUCUGCUGUUGGACCUUGGAACCACUCCAAUGCUGAAUCUUUUAUACGUUACACAGUAAGAAAGAAGUACACCAUUCAUGGUUGGGAACUUGGCAAUGAAUUGUGUGGGAAUGGAGUUGGAACAAGUGUUUCUGCAGAUCAAUAUGCUUCUGAUGUAGCUGCUUUACGAUACAUAGUUCAAAAUGCAUAUAGAGGAAUUGAGCCAAAGCCACUUGUCAUUGCACCUGGAGGCUUCUUUGAGGCAAAUUGGUUCAAGGAAUUUGUUAGCAAAUCGGGUGAAUCUGUAGAUGUGGUCACCCACCACAUUUAUAACCUUGGAGCAGGAGUUGAUGACCACCUAACUGAUGAAAUUCUCAAUCCUUCCUUUCUUGAUGGGGUGGCCAGCACAUUCAGCAGCCUUAAAAAUAUACUUCAAAGUUCAGCAAACUCAGCAAAAGCAUGGGUUGGUGAGGCAGGUGGGGCUUACAAUAGUGGGCAUCAUCUUGUGUCUGAUGCAUUUGUCUACAGCUUCUGGUAUUUGGAUCAGCUUGGCAUGUCAGCUUCUUAUGACACCAGAACGUACUGCAGACAGACUUUGAUAGGAGGAAACUAUGGUUUACUGAAUACUAGUACUUUCGUGCCAAAUCCAGACUAUUAUAGUGCUCUUCUUUGGCACCGACUCAUGGGAGGACGUGUCUUGUCAACUACCUUCAUUGGGACAAAGAAGAUAAGAGCCUAUGCACACUGUGCAAAGGAAUCUAAAGGAAUCACAAUACUAUUACUCAACUUGGACAACAGCACCACUGUUCAAGCCGAAGUGGCCAUAAAAUACACUGAGAGUUUGUGGCACAGAAAGAGGUCUCGUAAUUCAAAUUUUACUAAGCUACCUUACCCUCGUGUGAGUGAACCAGCCAGAAAAGAGUACCAUUUAACAGCAAAGGACGGGAAUUUACAUAGCCAAAUCAUGUUACUAAAUGGAAACAUUCUGACUGUAAACUCAGCUGGUGAUAUUCCCCCCUUGAAUCCUAUAUAUGUAGACUCAUCAAAGCCAAUAAUAGUUGGUCCUCUCUCAAUUGUAUUUGCCAAUAUACCAGAUGUUGUUCUUCCAGCUUGCAGCUAGCUCAGUGGCACUAGGCGAAACCGAAAAUUGGUUUCACUUGGUUGUUGAGAAAAUAAGAGAUAAAAUACAUGGAAAAUAUCUUCAUUUUCAAUUUCUUGGUGAUAAUUGCCCAUUUUUUUUGUGGGGGGUCAAGCACUAGGACUUUGAUUGGUUUUGUUUGUUACCCAAUG